GCUUUCUAGUUAUGAAAUCUUUUAGCUUUUGUUUAUCAUGGAAGGUUCUUAUUUCACCUUCAUCUUUUAAGCUUAAUUUUCUUAGUAUUCUUGGUUGGCAUCCACUGUCUUCCAGAGUUUGGUAUAUAUUAUUCCAAGCCCUCUUAGUGUCUGGAUUGAGAAAGCAGUUGAAAUCCAGAUUGGUUUACUUGUAAAAUAUGCCUAGUUUCAGAUCUUAAAAUUCUUACCUUAUUUUAUGAGUUAGGCAUUUGCAUAACAAUGUCUUGGAGUGGAUCUGAUUUUUGCGUAAUUGAAGUCCUAUAUUUAAAUUUCCAUUUCAUUAUUAUGGUUUGGGAAAUUUUCUGAUAUUAUUUCAUUGAAAAGAUUAUGCUUUCCUUUAGAAUGUGUUUUCAGAGCCUUUGUCUAUCCCAAUGAAUCUUAAAUUUGGCCUAUUAAUAUUAUCCCAGAUUUCUUGAAUAGUCUGUUUAUGGUCUCUUAACAUCUUUUCUCUAUGUUCAUCUAUAUUUUCAAGAUUAUAUACUGUGUCUUCAAGGCCAGAAAAGUCUGUCUUCAAAGUGGUCUAAUCUAUUAGUGAUGCUUGCCAUUGAAUUUUUAAUUUGAUAUAUUGAUUCCUUCAUUUCAAGGAUUUUGUUUGAUUCUUUUUUAGAAUCUCUCUUUAUUGAAGUGAUCUUGCACUUCCUAUAUUUUCUUUCUGAUUUCACUUAUAUCAUCUUUUAGCUCAUAGAACAAUUUAUGAGUUUUCUAAAUUCCUUUUCUGAUACUCCCUUCACUGUGGUGUCAGUGGAAUCUGUUGUUGAGGUAUUCUUUGUUGUUUGGGAUGGUUUGUUCCUUUGCUUUUUCAUAUUGUUUGUAUGUCUGCCCACCUACCAGUAUAGUUCUGACUUUUUAAGUGAUAGACUACUAAGUGAAUUUCUUUUUCUUAAGAGCCUUGGGGUGGGUGGAACUAGAUAAUGGUAUUUUAAUUCAAUUUGUGACCUCUUCUCAUCCCAGUAUCAGCUCCACUAUAAGAAAUACCAUUGGAGCCCUAUUUACUAUAAUCACUUCUGAGCCAGGCCUUGUAUUCAAUAUUGUAAGAACAAAAACUUGUUUCAGUUGUUUUCUUUGGGUCCUCAAAUUCAGGUAUAAGCCUACAAUAAGAGUUCUGGGACAAGUCAAACAAUCUAGUAGUUAAAUUUAGUAAACUUACUAAAACCUUAAGUGAGUAUUAAGGGUGGGGAGGAAAAAAGUUUUGGCAAAUGGAGAAGGGAAAAAGAAGGAAAGAAAGAGAGGGUGAAAGAGAAAGGAGAGAGAAGAAAUAGAUGAAUGGGUGGUAUUUGAGGCCCUAGUGGAUAGUGUAAGAGGAUGAGUAGGGGGUAAGAAAAGCAGGUAUAAACUAGAGCUAGGGAAACAAAAAUAGGGAGAUUGUUUCCAGUUAAUGCUUUAAACCACUAAAUGAAAUACUUUCAGGUGGAUUGGAGGUACAACUUUGGCUAUUGAGUUACAAUUACCAUUCAAGUUAAGGAGUUAUUUAUACGAUCUAAGUUGACAUUAGAGUUGUUUAUAAUCUUGGAGGAUACAAUGUUAUGAGUUGGCUGAUUCUAUUGUAGCCUAUUACAGAAUUCAAGAUUCAAGAUGCCCCUUAUUUGGGAGUCACUGGUGUACCUGUUCCCCUCUGCUAGAUUCUUCUCAUGGUAGGGAAGAUCCUGGCAGCUGUCUGUGUGUGCAGGAACACUGGUUGUUGGUUUUCCACAGGUGUUCUGUAGUUCAGUAGUAUUUCCCUGGCUGCCUCCACUCUAAGGUGCUUUAGUGCAGGGUCUCUGGUGAUUCAACUGGAUCCUAUAGUUUCCACUGUCCCAGGUUGUGAAUGGUGGGUGUUAAUUCCCUUUGCUUAAUAGGUCUGGUGCAUUGUCCUACAAAUAUCCAAAUAAUGCCAUGUCACUUGCCAGUUGCACUGUUUGGCUAUACACUUACUAAGGCUGGCGUCCAGCCCUUUCUGCUGAGAAGCUUCUAGCAAUUUCCUGUUGUCUGUAUGUCACUGGAUAUUCAGGCAGUUUGCCUCCUAGUAUGGUGCUGCAAUCCUGAGUACUGUCUCUAGGCUUCCUGCGGUGUCUUCCUCCAGUGCCAAUGGCUGGCCUGGUGAAUCAGCUUUCCUUUGGGGCCAAAGUUGCUUCUAUUGUAACCUGUUUGAGUCAAGCAAGCCUGUGCAGAGCUUUUCACCCUUGCCUGGGUGGCAGAGGCUAAGCAGAGCUAGAUGUGCUCUUUCCAGGCCAAGGUCCCCAUCAGCCCACUCUGUCCCUAUGUUCACAGUGAGAGGGACAGGGAGGUCUUUCUAGCCAUAUUCUUAAGAGGGCCCACUGCAGGGGGCUUCCCUUGGGUUUAAUUUGCAGCUCUGGGUGUGGGGAGAGCUUCUGCCAAUUUAAGAGGGUGACUGGUUGCCUGCGGGUUCCACAAGAUUGUUGCUUCCCCUCCCCUUUGUUUUUGUGGUUCAUGCUGUUUUAAGUCACCUUCUUGUAAUUUAAAUUUUGUCUGUCUUUUCAACAGUUUUCCAAUAGUUUUUAAAUGGGUGUUGUAGGACCAGAUGAGGUCAGACACCAAAGAAUUAGCAAGAAGCAGAUUUAUUUGGCUGCAGCCAUAUUCAGAGGGAAAAACUUUCACUGUAGUCAAUCAAUCCCCCUGAACCCAGAGUUCAGGCAGUUUCAGAACUUUAUAUCCAGUGUGUAGGGGGAGGGACUCAGAAGUUCACAGUCUGCAGAAGUUCACACAAAAAUAGCUUUUUCUUCUACUGUUCUGGACAAGUUAACUCUUCAAGGACAGCGCUGAGAAGGGGAGAGCUUCUUCUCCCUUUUUUCCCUCCCCCUGCCAGUUAUCAUGGAGCCUAAUUAGUAACAUCUUCUCUUUGAAAGGUAAACAUUUCUGUGAAGCUCCAGCCCAAGGUCAGAGGCUUCCUUAAAGAUUAAUCUCUGUUUCUUCUCACACUUUGCAUUGGCAAACACACUUCCCACUUGAAAACUUUUACAAACUAUUCUAUAUUUUUACAACACUAGAUAGUCAAUAAAUGUGAAAAACUAGUAAAAGUGUUCAGCACCUGGAGUGCUGAUCUCUUCUAGGCAAGUGGCCAAGUAAGAUAGAGCAACAGGAAAUAGGAAGCUUAACUUCCUUAAACUCUUUUGUAGAGAUUCUUUUGCUGAUGGUCCUAAGAUAAUUGUGUGGAUUUCUGGAAAGGCUUAAUUAAGAUUUUCUGUGGAGGAGGGGAUGCUACUAUAUGAGCUUGAGAAAAUGUCUGCUUUCCCUUCUCUCUGAUGUCCCCUGUCCCCAAGUUUGAGUUAGAGCACUCUUAAGUUUUAUUUUCUCCUCUGGUAACCUAUCUUCUAGUCUCUCCAGGUGUCAGACUAUGUAGUGUCAAGUCUUAGAGCAUUUAUUUUGUCUCCCUGCUCUCAAUUCUGCUUUUAUUCACUGCCUCUUUUCCAUGUUAUGAAGAGAUCUGGACGUGUUAUCUGUUUCACUUCCACGUCUUCCCUGUUUCUCUUCUGUGUACCCCACAAAUUUUAAUGUGUGUGUGGUUUUUUCCCCCAUUAAUUUAAUCCCAGCUGUCACCUUUAGUCAUUUUCUGUUCAUAAUUUAUGGUUCCAGUUCAGAUAUAUUUAGUUUUGUCACUUUUAAAAGCUUGUAACACAUAGCUUUUUUAACCUUUAAUUUUUAUUUUCUAUAUUUUUUGGUGCUGGUGAUCAAAUGUUUUAUAAACUUUGGUUGUUCUGGUGGUUUAAGUUCUUUGCGUUAUUUAUUUUUCUUGUCUGUGUCCACAGUUUUCUUAUCAGAUAUCAAGACAUAAAAUGCAAAUAAUUAAAACACUUUGACAUUGAAAUUGGGUUGAAAAUAGACAAUGGGAAGAAUAAAGUGCCUGGAACCAUCCAUCCUCUGCAUAUAUGAAUACUCACGAAUGACACAAUACCACUGCAGACCACUAAGGGUAGGACUGGGCUUCAGUUAAUUGUACCCAGCCUCUUGGUGAAUUUUUGGAUGAAGCCAUUAAAUUAAUUUCUUGCCAUCAUGAGCAGAAGCAAGCGGGACAACAAUUUUUAUAGUGUAGAAAUUGGAGAUUCUACGUUCACAGUCCUGAAACGGUAUCAGAAUUUAAAACCUAUAGGCUCCGGAGCUCAAGGAAUAGUUUGUGCAGCUUAUGAUGCCAUUCUUGAAAGAAAUGUUGCAAUCAAGAAGCUAAGCCGGCCAUUUCAGAAUCAGACUCAUGCUAAGCGGGCCUACAGAGAGCUAGUUCUUAUGAAAUGUGUUAAUCAUAAAAAUAUAAUUGGACUUUUGAAUGUUUUCACACCACAGAAAUCCCUAGAAGAAUUUCAAGAUGUUUACAUAGUCAUGGAGCUCAUGGAUGCAAAUCUUUGCCAAGUGAUUCAGAUGGAACUAGAUCAUGAAAGAAUGUCCUACCUUCUCUAUCAGAUGCUGUGUGGAAUCAAGCACCUUCAUUCUGCUGGAAUUAUUCAUCGGGAUUUAAAGCCCAGUAAUAUAGUAGUAAAAUCAGAUUGCACUUUGAAGAUUCUUGACUUUGGACUGGCUAGAACUGCAGGAACAAGUUUUAUGAUGACACCUUACGUAGUGACUCGAUACUACAGAGCACCUGAGGUCAUCCUAGGCAUGGGCUACAAGGAAAACGUUGACAUUUGGUCAGUUGGGUGCAUCAUGGGAGAAAUGAUCAAAGGUGGUGUUUUGUUCCCAGGUACAGAUCAUAUUGAUCAGUGGAAUAAAGUUAUUGAACAGCUUGGAACACCGUGUCCUGAAUUUAUGAAGAAACUACAACCAACAGUAAGGACUUAUGUUGAAAACAGACCUAAAUAUGCUGGAUAUAGCUUUGAGAAACUCUUCCCUGAUGUACUUUUCCCAGCUGACUCAGAACACAACAAACUUAAAGCCAGUCAGGCAAGGGAUUUGUUAUCCAAAAUGCUGGUCAUAGAUGCAUCUAAAAGGAUCUCUGUAGAUGAAGCUCUUCAGCAUCCAUACAUCAAUGUCUGGUAUGAUCCUUCUGAAGCAGAAGCUCCACCACCAAAGAUCCCUGAUAAGCAGUUAGAUGAAAGGGAACACACAAUAGAAGAGUGGAAAGAAUUGAUAUACAAAGAAGUGAUGGACUUGGAGGAGAGAACCAAGAAUGGAGUUAUACGAGGGCAGCCCUCUCCUUUAGGUGCAGCAGUGAUCAAUGGCUCUCAGCAUCCAUCGUCAUCGUCGUCUGUCAAUGAUGUGUCUUCAAUGUCAACAGAUCCGACUUUGGCCUCAGAUACAGACAGCAGUCUAGAAGCAUCAGCUGGACCUCUGGGCUGCUGUAGAUGACUACUUGGGCCUUGGGGGGGUGGGAGGGAUGGGGAGUCGGUUAGUCAUUGAUAGAACUACUUUGAAAACAAUUCAGUGGUCUUAUUUUUGAGUGAUUUUUCAAAAAAAUGUAGAAUUCAUUUUGUAGUAGUUUAUUUUUUUUAUUUUCAAGUGAUGUAAUUUAAAAUCUAAGUUGUGUUUUAAAACAGCAACAAAACUGUAUUGUAUUUUUUGCUGUAAUUAACUGUAUAAUGUAAACCUAAUUAUUUUAUCAUGUUUUAAAUUUUUUGCAUAUUUGCUUUAUCUAUGCUGCUGAUUUUUUUUUUACUGAAUUUGUAAGAUUUUGUUUAUCAAAGCGACUAUUAUGUGGUGACUUGCCUAUAUCAUGAAUUAUUUAAGAUUUUUAUAGUUUUUUUUAUUAGAAUUUAUUUCAGAUGUUUUGUUCAUGAUACUAUCCUUCAGGGUUAUAUGCUUAUCAAUGAAAUAACCCCAGAGGAGUGAGGGAAAAUCACCUGUAGCCAGUUAUAUUCAGGAAUAACUACUGUAAAUGAUGAACGUGGCAAGAGACCUCCAUUGUUUGCUACCAGCCAAUCCUAAUUUAGAUACAGCAAUGGGUAGGCAAUCCUACCUGAAUUUUGGCAAAAGCCCCAUCAUCUAAAUGGCAGAAUAACUGAGAGCGUGUCUUUCAAGUGCCAGGAGUGUACCACCACCUUCUUUUCUCCCCACCCACCCAACAAAAAGUCAAGGAAUAUAGUGUAUUCUGCAAAUUUGUGGCAUGCUCAAAGCUAUGAUCACAUAAAGUCAAGAGGAUACUUCAUGAAUAAUACAUUUCAAUGCAAAUAAACAGAUGGUUCACUUAUACUAGCUAUGAGCCUGUUUUUGUACACACUGAGUUAGUCUCAGGCUAUAGGUCCUAGCAGUGGUCUGAAGUCUGGCUCCACAUUUUCUUCAGCCUUGUCCCUUAGACCUUUCUGGUUUCAAAACUAUUGGAGGGUUAGUCAGUUGAGCACCAGUUCUCAUGGUGUUUCUGGCCAUUUGAUUCUGCCUGUAGUAUAGUCAUUUAUAUCAGCUGUCAGGAGGUUUCAAAGCCUACUUAGAUUUGUGUAGGUGAUGUAUCAAAUGAGCAAUAUACCGUUCAUCUGAAAAUAGUAGCACACAGCCAUAUAUAGGAUAUCAUUUUCUAAGGACUGUUUCUUCACAUCGAGCAGAGCAGGCAUAAAUGGUGGUUACUUAGUCUGAGUCUUUCAUUUUUUAUACCUGAUUUCCAAUAUAACACGCAAUGUGGACGUUGAAUAGUGUAAGAAUGGUGCUGCUCCUGACAGGUGUGUGUUAACUGUUUACAUUUUAUAUCUGCAGAAUUAUUUCUCUAUAACUGAAUUUUUCCUAGGUAAAGUGUCAUUGAGGUCUCAUUAUUUCUGAACUACAUUAUCUGUAAUGGCCCCACGCACCUUAUGUUAUGUCUAAAACGAGGGAUUUCAUGUAAUGAACUGGGAAAUGCUUACGUAAAUGGCAAGGUUCUGGGCGGAAAGCCCAUCGGGAUUCAUUUCCAACAGGAGCAAGAAUAGGUGCAGCUCAGCAAAUGUCUGAAAGUUUGCUUGGCAUUUUAUUCAUAUAUUUAGUGCAAAAUUCCUUUUGAGUUAGAUAUUUUAGGUCAUUGUUAAUGUGCAAUAUUUAAGAUUAAAAUACAUUAGCUUUUUUAUAUACUUUGGAAUAACAAGCUUGUUUUUGAUGGGUUCAAGUCAUGAUUUCUUGCCUCCCAAACUUGGUAAUGAUCCCUUUUCUAGUCAUACAACAUGGUGCAUUAAUUUUAUUAGGAAAAUUAGAGUUUUGAGACUGUAACCCUCUUGAGUUAUAUAGGAUUGGAUUCACAAUUCUAGAAAUUUGAGCAUGAGUGUAUUCUCAGUUCAUAUUAGUUUUAUAGUUAAUUAACUUUAUUUUCUCUAGGGUAGAUUAUAUCACUAUUGCACUUUAACAGCUGACAUGCCUUUAAAAGGUUCCCAUAUUUUAUAUUUCAUUGCUGAUAUGCCAUCUCUAUUGAUUCAGAUGUUGGUUAAGCAAGGAAUACCAGGUAUUUUGACUAUAUCAUUUGUUGUAAAUGCCAGCUCCCACUUGCCAACCAUCAUAUUUCAGUUGAAUUGAAAGAAAAAAAAAAAACCUAUUGCUUAAUGUAAACCAAACUGCUAACCAGUUAUAUCCUAAAACCAAGGUCUGGUUGUUAAAUCUUGAGUGCCCUAGGUCUGAAAAAUAUAUUGUCUAAAUACAGCUUCCCCUUUUUGCUUAAAUUUAUUAAACUAACUAUGUACUGGUACUUUUUCUUUUAGAGUCUUAAAGUGUUUUACAUCUGUUUUUGAAGAAAUUACAAAUAUCUGUCAAGCAGUACUUGUAUUAAGCCACUUUCUUAUAAUUUUGUUUUUCAAUUUUAUACACUUAAUAUACCCAUCAUCUUACUGUCAGAAAAUUAUUUUAGCUGAGACUUAUGACUUGACUUUGUAAAUUUGAAAAGAUACUGAUUCUUUAUUCCUCAUCUUCCUAGUUACAGUUCUCUUACUCUCUAAUAUAUAGUAAUCAUUUGUAAACUGAUCAUGUCAUUGAGAUUGCUAAAUUAUAAUAUACAUAGAGCAUUUAAGCUCUUUCAUACUAUUUGCUGAACAAUUUUCAUUGUGUCACGCACCUUCAGCUGCUGAUUGCUCCUGGUGUGCGCUCUUCCAAGUUGGUAAAGACGCAAUGUGCUUACACCAGACUUUCUAGGAAAGACCAGCCUCUCAAAGGAGAAAGCUGUCACGCAGCCUCCUUAACAAUACAGAGAAGCUUGAUUGUGUACAAAGCAGCAGACUUUCCUAUAAGCUUUUUUGUUAUUCUGUUCUGGGCUAAUCUUGCCAGGUUGUCCAAAAAGAUAAGAUGAAGAAUAUAUCAGUGUCUGGUAGUGAAAUCAGCAGCAGGCAAGUGAAGCUGUUUCCUGGGUUACAAAUACUAUUGGCCAGUAUCUGCUACAUGUAUGAAGACUAUUCAGUGUUGCCUAGGCACUAGCCUGCACAACAUUUUGAGGUUAAAACAUAGUAUAUUUUCAAGAAUACUGUUGUAGUUUGUGAGUGUUGUUCAUUAGUCACACAUUAGCUGUAGAGUGGAUGCAUGACACCCUGUGACCCCAGUAAACCUAGUAAACCUCUCUUACCAGUGAAGUAGAAAACCAAGCACCACCUUCUGUCAUUAGCAGCCCUCUUAAAUGUUGCCUCUCCAUAUAGCCUGUUGCAUUUUAGCGUGCAUCGUGUUUCUACUGAUCUCUUUUAGGAUUUUCCUGACUCACAGGAAACUAACUUGUCCUUAAUAAAAUAGCAAGAAAGAUGAAGAGGUAAAGGGCAUUGAAGCAGAAAUGUAUAGUUUGGGGUAAGAUUGGAAAACUCAUAAGGAAAACAAAAGUCCUAGUCAAUUUCAAAGUAACUGCUCUUAGUAAAGUGCUCUUAAGGAGAGUCUAGUAAGAGUAACACUUUCUGGCCAUUUCUGAUUUAGAUUCUCUUCAUUACUGAAACUUCUGAGAAAUAUUACCUGUGGAUUAGUUUUGCACAAUAUUCUAUUCUCACAAUGACUUAAAAUGAAACUAGGUUUUUAUUGAACUACCUCACACUAAUUUUCUAUGCUUUCCCAAGUAAGCUGUUGCCCUGUUAGACCUUUACUGAGUGUGAAUUAUAAAUGUGCUUUGAAUACUUUAUAGCCAAUGUUGAAAAAAUACCAGUAAGUAUGUAAAAUAUAUACCUUGCAUCAGUAAGAGACACUCACGUGUAAAAUCUUUCACUGUAUAUCUUGAAAAUUGUGUUAGAUGUGCUUGUUGACAUUAUUACUGUCUGUUUUUGUAAGUAGAAACCUGCUCGUGGUAUCAGUCCAUUCUUUACAUUUUACAAAAGGAGUAAAUCUUAGUAAAUUUUACGAAGAAAUAAAUUACUUUUGUAGGCCCAAUAUUUGGUAUAUUUUUGAGAAGCUGUUAAUCUUUUAGCCGAAUGAUGAAGUUAAACUGAAGUAGCUGUCUACCUGGACUGUGACAUCUAUUUUCUCAUUACAGUUUAUCCUGUUCAACAGGUUUUUGAACCUGGAAACCUAAGUAUAGUUACUGACUUUUUUUUUUGCUCCCUAUACAUGUCAUUUCCUUCUUCACCACCCCUCCCCCCAUGUCCAAUUCCCUCACCUCUCCUCACCUCGCCUCUCCUCUCCUCUCCUCGCCUCUUUAGAUGAAACAAAAUGGGGCACUUUGUAGGGAAUGCUGAGAUCAUUAUUGUGGUUUUUAAUCAUUCAUGCCCUAGUCAUUAAACAUGCACCACUGGAAUGUAAACAUUGUUAUCUAGUAUGUCAAUUGGUUAUAAUAUUUUAAAUAAAAAACAAAAAAGUGGUAUGAAAAUUA